GUUGUUUGGACGUUAGAAGAAGCCCCACCCGUUGGGCAUGCGCCCACUGGCCUGUGUCCCCCCGCCACGAAGAUGCGCUGGGGAGCAGAUCCCUCUGGCACCUCUCUGCAGGCCAUGUGCUGGGCCAUCAGCCAGGGCUGUGGUAGAGCUUUUGGGCUGUGGUAGAGCUUUUGGGCUGUGGUGCCCUGGGGAGGGGGGCGUUCAUUGCACUAAAUGUUAAAUCUCAGCGACAACACAGCUACUGCUCCUCUGCCAGCCACAGCCCAGACCUGUCAUGUUGGAGCGACGUGCUCUCAGGCACGCGGGUUUCCCAGUGCCCCUGGCAGAGGCUGUCUUUAUUUUUGGUUUAUCCUUUCUGUAUGGGCUGCAAGCGAAGGCAGCUUCUGUGCUGCUUGCCUGAGCCUCUCUGGUGAUGGGGCUGAAAGUUCCUUCCUAUGGAAAAGGUCAUGGAAACAGAUUGUAGAUGAGAGCACCGAGGCAGGCUCCUGCGUCAUGCCGCCUUUGUUGCAGUGUACCUGGAGACGUAUGGCUGCCAGAUGAACGUCAAUGACACGGAGAUCGCCUGGGCCAUCCUGCAGAAGAACGGCUACGCCAGGGCAAAGGACCUGGAGGAGGCAGACGUGGUUCUCCUUGUCACCUGUUCCGUGAGGGAGAAAGCAGAGCAGGCUAUCUGGAAUCGCCUGCGGCACCUCAAGGCGCUAAAAGCCCGGCGGCAGCAGGCUCGCUUACCCCUCCGCAUCGGGAUUCUAGGAUGCAUGGCUGAGAGGCUUAAGGAGGAGAUUCUGCACAGGGAGAAGCUGGUCGAUGUCGUGGCAGGCCCUGAUGCGUAUCGUGACCUUCCCCGGCUGCUGGCUGUGGCAGAGUCGGGCCAGCAAGCUGCUAAUGUCCUGCUGUCGCUAGACGAGACUUACGCAGAUAUCCUGCCUGUCCAGACUAGCGCGGGUGGCACGACAGCGUUUGUAUCUAUCAUGCGGGGCUGUGACAACAUGUGUAGCUAUUGCAUCGUGCCCUUCACCCGUGGCCGCGAAAGGAGCCGCCCCAUCGCGUCCAUCCUGCAGGAAGUGAGGAUGCUCUCGGAUCAGGGAGUGAAAGAGGUGACCCUUUUGGGUCAGAAUGUCAACAGCUUUCGAGACACGUCUGAGGUGCAGUUUCAAUCAGCUGCUGCCCCGGUCCUCAGUCGUGGCUUUAGCACAGUCUACAAAGCUAAAGCAGGAGGCUUGCGCUUUGCACAUCUGCUAGACCAGGUUUCUAGAAUUGAUCCAGAAAUGAGGAUCCGUUUCACCUCUCCACACCCCAAGGAUUUUCCUGAUGAGGUCCUGCAGCUUAUCCAGGAGCGACACAACAUCUGCAAACAGCUUCACCUCCCAGCCCAGAGCGGAAGCACACGAGUCCUGGAGGCCAUGCGGCGAGGGUACACAAGAGAAGCGUAUUUAGAGCUUGUACACCACGUGCGUGAGUGCAUUCCAGGAGUGAGCCUGAGCAGCGAUUUCAUUGCCGGCUUCUGUGGAGAGACGGAAGAGGAUCACCAGCAGACCGUGUCCAUGCUGCGGGAAGUCCGCUACAACGUAGGAUUCCUGUUUGCCUACAGCAUGAGACAGAAGACCCGAGCGUAUCACCGGCUGCAAGAUGAUGUGCCUGCAGACGUGAAAAAGAGGCGGCUGGAGGAGCUCAUUACCGUCUUUCGAGAGGAGGCUGCAAGGGCAAACGAGGAGAUGGUGGGCCAGUCUCAACUGGUGCUGGUGGAGGGGCCCAGCAAGCGCUCUGUCUCGGAGUUGUGUGGGAGGAAUGACGGCAACAUCAAGGUGAUCUUCCCUGAUGUCGGCAUAGAGGAUGCUGCGGGCUGCGGGGCUCUGGUCAGAGCCCAGCCAGGGGACUACGUCUUGGUGAAGGUUACCUCUGCCAGCUCGCAGACCUUGAAGGGAGUUCCGCUCUGUCGUACUGCCCUCGCCCACUCUGCAGCUCGUCCCUGAGGUAUCCCUGCUGCCAGGGGACAAAACCAGCAGCACGUUUUCUCCAUGAAGAAACAAGGAAAUUGGGUCAGGAGGAGACGGGGUAGGAACAGGGAGAUAUGUGUAUAUUUUUAUAUAUAUAU